AUGUCACUAUCUAAAAAAGUGCCUAGCAAACUCCAUGGAAAAUUAGAAAAAGUGCAAGGAACCGUUGAGAAGACUAUGGGUAAACUAAUCAACAACGAGGGCAUGAAACUCAAGGGUGAACAAAAAAUCAUCGUGGGACAAGCUGAAAUCGAUGCAGCGAAACAUAAAGAAGCUUCUGCUGAAAAAGUCGCUUCUCCAGUCAACCAAGCGAGCGGAGAAGUGACCGCAAACACCGGUCAAGAGGUUGUAGAACAAACUGGGGCUUCUGAUUGCUAA